UAAUCACAUCAGACGACAUCACAAUCACAAAAUUUUACAAUGGAGCAAAUCUCUAAUGGGCGUAGGCUUUUUACAUCCGUGUAUUAUUUAUGACAUAUAUGCUAGCUUACUAAUUAUCAUAAGUACUUCUUCUAUAAGUUUUGCAACUCUUCAACGCAAAUUGAAAGUGUCUGUAUGUUAGAAAACCUCACAACCGGAAUGAAACAAGGGGUCUGCGUUUCAUAACCUAAUUUAUUUUUCGGGUACAAACUUAUGUUUUUCAUAUUAUAAUUUAUAUUUGUCAUGGCAGAAGCAACUACACCUUCUCGUAUUACUCUAGAAGAUAUCAGGAAACAAUAUCCGCUUCAUCUUCUAGUCUGGAAUAAUGAUUAUGAAGGGUUAAAGAAAGAGUUUGAAAACGAAAUUACCAAGGAGGAAUUGGAGCUAAAAGAUGUGAGAGGCAGAUCUCCUUUGAUGUUGGCCGUCACUCUGGGACAUUUGGAGUCGGCCAAAUUUCUUAUGCAGAAGGGCGCAAAUGUCAACACUGAGAACAGAGAUGGGUGGACGGUGGUACAAGAAGCAGUGGCCACAGGAGACCCUGAACUGGUGAAUCUUGUCCUUGAAAUGAGAGAUUACCAGAGAUACUCGAGUCGGGUUGGCGGAGUGCCUGAACUACUAUUAAAAUUAAAAGAGGCGCCUGAUUUCUACGUUGAAAUGAAAUGGGAGUUCACUAGUUGGGUGCCACUCGUAUCGAGGAUUUGCCCAAGUGACACAUACAAAGUUUAUAAACAGGGCUCGAGAGUCCGAAUAGAUACCACUCUACUAGGAUUCGACCAUAAUAACUGGCAACGCGGCAAUACUAGCUUUAUAUUUCAUGGACAAACACGUUCUAUGCCGGCCGUAUUGCGUUGCAACCGCAGCUAUAUUUUCGAUUUGAAACAUCCGUUCAAAACGAGCUGUCAAGAUGAGCAAGCAACCAUAAUGGAGGUGGACCACGAGACUCGACAGGUGUUCGUCGAACAGAUGCAGGUGAUUGCACCGAACGAGUUGAACGUGUUGCAUGCCUCUCAGGAGGCCAUCAGUCAGCGCCUCACCACGCCCAUUGUCACCACCUACAUUGAUACUGACAAGAUUAGCUUCGAAAGGAAUAAGAGCGGUAUGUGGGGUUGGCGACAGGAUAAGACGGAAGCAGUGAACGGUCGAACUUGUAAAGUGUUUGGGGCAAGCAAUGUCGAAUUAGUCACCAAGACAAGAUGUGAACACUUAUCUGAACAGGACAAACAGCGGUACAGAGGCGCCAAGACGCCAUUGCAGUCGUUCCUGGGCAUAGCCGAGACGGAGGAGAGGGUGGCCACCCCCUCGGGUGAAGAGGGAGGUGGUGGGGGGAUCACUGAGGAGACCCUGCUAACACAAGUGGGCAACCCUUGUCGUAUAUCCACACAGGACUACUUUGAUGCGAGUGUUGCGCUCGGCAACAGAGAUAUUGGCAGGCCAAAGGAUAUCACCACAAAAAUCCAGAAGUUCCGCGCCACCCUGUGGCUAUGUGAGCAGUACCCACUCAGCUUGCCGGAGCAAAUAAUGCCCAUAGUGGAUCUGAUGGCCAUUUCCAGUUCGCACUUUGCCAAGCUCAGGAAUUUCAUUCAGAUGCAGUUGCCGGCUGGAUUCCCUGUCAAAAUUGAAAUCCCGUUAUUCCACGUGCUCAAUGCGCGCAUCACCUUUGGCAACAUCUUCGGGAUGGAGGAGAAGGUAGAGGGGGUAAGGCAGGUGUCGAGCGGCGGGGAGGGGGAAGUGCGUACCACGUGUGUAGUGGAUGACUCCUGCUUCCAACCCCCGGCCUCCUACACUAUUAUGGGUACUCACAGCUAUGGAGCUGACAUGCGAAGAGGUCUGAGUAUGGAAGAAGACGAUGAUAUGCUUCAGUAUGCAAUACAGCAGAGUCUCAUGCAGGCUGGAGGGGAAGAAGACCAGGUUGAUAUCUGGGAAGCCCUACAAGUCCAGAGGCCCAACACCCCUAGUCUGCUUGGAGAUGACGAGGAGGAAAAACAAUUGCAAAGGGCGAUCCAAGCGAGUCUGUCGAUCUACCGGCGGCGACGCAGCGGCGAAGACGAGGUCACUGACCUCGAUGAGGGCCUCGUUAACCCCGGUCAAGGGGUCGUUGACCCGGAUCAAGGCGAGGAGGUCGUUGACCCCGACCUACUGGCCGCCAUAGAGGCUAGCGAGCGACAGCGACUGGAGGACGAACGCCAGAGGCGGCUCGAGGAGGAGACGCUCGAACAGGUGUUGCGGUUGUCGUUGGAGGAGAAGUGAGGAGGAGGACCAGGUACAAUUGGUGGCAAACGCUUAGCUGCUUCUGAAACGUCUCAUGCAAUUCUGCAAUCGCCGACCUGCCUCGAGAAUAUUUUUGGCAAAUUUAUGUGAAUGAAAAUUCUGUUCAAAGAAUAACAUUUCUUGACGAAGAAGAUUUCACCCAGGUGACGAUGUUAUCUGGUGUAGAAACUUUUAUGAAACAAAAGUAAAUCCUAUAUAAAUUCCAUAGACAUUGCCCACCUCACUGUAGAACAAUGUGAACAAUUAAAAUUUUAAUAAUUAAAACUAUUAAAUCUAUUGUAAGUGCAUGUCUGGCGAAUGAGAUCCACUGUCAGUAUUAAUUGAAUGGAAAGCCUUUGAUGUUAUACGUAAGGAAUACUGACAUUUUAAACACAAUCUCAUCAUAGUACAGCGGAAAAUUUAGCUCCGAAUUUUCUUUCUGUCGUAAGCAUUACUAGUCGAAUAAAAUUUCGUUUUAGCUGUGGAAAAUCUAGGAAAAUUCAUGUAUACGCGAGAAAAUUGAUUUCAGUAGAUAGCAUGAGUCCAUUAGGUUUUGUUUUUUAUCAAAAUUUAAGUUGAAAGUAAACAAAAUCCCAAAUACGUCUUUCCAUUCUAUAGUCAGGUCCACGUUAUAAUGGCAGUGUUUGAUAAGCAAUAAUUGUAUUGCUAUCCUUAUCUAUCAUUCAACAAAGCGGAGAGCGCUAUCUCUUUCUCGAUUUGCUCUUUUGCCGGAUCGUUUUUUAACAAUGUAGAAAUAUAAUUAAUUAACAAAAUAUUACAUCUUAAUUAUGAAAUUAUUUAAAUUAUAAUUUCUUACUUAAUAAAAUAUUUUAAACGAGAAUGAACCGUUACAUCAAUAAACCUGUAUCAGCUACCGUCUAUAGAAGGCAUUGACAAGACAGAGGAUCAGCAACGUUGUUCUCCUAUCUUUCUCCCCUGUCAUUAUAACGUGGACCUCACUAUAUGAAAUAGAAAAUUUAGCUACAUUAAUUUUGUAUUUGAGACAUUUUCAUGAUGAAUUUAUAGUUGACAGACUCUAGUUUUGAUUUUAUAAGUAGGUAUGUAAUAAUUAUUGUUUCAUGAAUUUUAGAGCUGAACAUGUUUGUUCAUAUUCUAAUGUAAUUUAUUAUGAAUUUCAAUUUCUAAUUUUUUAUCUUUAGAUUCCAAUUCUGAAUUCGCAGUGUUUUAACUACUAUAGUACUUUAUAUUAUAUUACGCUCAUUUAUUCCAACAUUGGAUUUUAAGUAGGCCUUCAUUGAGCUUGAAGUUUUAUAUUAUUUUUAUAUGAAAUCUAAUUUACUUAUAUUUUAUAAAAAUUUUCAAAGUAAGUACCAAAGAUCUGUUAUAUUGAACAAUUCCAUGCAAUAAUUUAAACUAUAUUAUACUCUUGUUACCAGACCUUGCUUUGAAUAUUGAAGUUUUAUCAAAUUCAAAUAUUGUUGGUUGGUUUUUAAAAAUGUAAUAUUGAGGCCCUUGAUAAGCAUAAUAAGCUCUGUAAUUUACCCCAGGGAUUUGAUGUAGUGUUUUCUCCCCGUUAUUUAGCUUUUCAACAUUUUUUUAUAAAUUUUCAACCCGGCUUGAUCGAAGUAGAUUAAUUGUAACUAUCUCUCUUGAUAGUAGGUAGGGUUGUGUGGCAGAGAGGACCAGGAGUCCUAACUCCGCCCUAAUAAAGGCAUAUAAUCAAUCAAUCUCUUUCGAGAGAAUACGUAAUAAUAUAUAGUAAAUUAUACUAUCUGAGUCUUUCUUUAUCUUUUAAUAUUGCAAGUAUUAUUUUAUUUCGGUUGUAUUAAUUUUAUUAAAGUAUUCCACCCAAACUGAAGAUUUAUUUCACUAGAUUUAGUUGAUAGUCACUAAAGUGAGGUCCACGUUAUAAUGGCAGUGUUUGUUCAGCAAUGGUAUUGCUAUACUUGUCUAUCAUUCAACAAAGCGGAUAACGCUAUCUCUUUCUCGGUUUGCUCUGUUGCCUGAUCGUCUUUCAACAAUGUGGAAUUGAUAAUUCAUCAACAAAAUAUUACAUCUUAAUUGUGAAAUUAUUGAAAAAUAUAAUUUCGUGCUUAAUUGAUUAUUUUAAACGAGAAUUAACAUUUAAUAUUAUUACAUCUUCUUAUCGCUCAUAUCAAUUUUCCUUUCGAAGUUUCAUCUUUCGAAAAGAGAAUACAGAUACUUUUGAGACUCAUGCAUUCAUGUAAUUGAGGAGUUUGGUGCAAAAAAGACCUCAGUCUUUUAGUUUUGAGAAAAUUGCAUGUAAAGAUUUUCUCAUACUUUUUCUCAAUAUUAUCACACCCAAUCUCUAGAAAUGUUUAUAUCAAUGAAAAUUCAAUAUUUUCUCUUUAUUUUGCUACUGAAAUGAUGAAUAAAUAGUUUUUUAUUACUUUUAUAUUUAUCAUAGAAAAUAAGUCCACUGAGGUCUUUUUUGCAUCCAUCAACAGUUUCAAGGCCGAAAGUCAUGUCUCUCAAAUAUAUUCAAUACUUUUAUUAUAAUACUUUUAUUGAUCUAUUGUUUAGAAUAAUGAACUAUUCAACUAUUAAGAUUGAUACUCAUAGUAACCUAGAGCAUAACCUAGAAAACCGUAGGUGCAGUGCUGCGAUGCCUUCAGAAUCAACGACUUGACGUUCAGCACUGAUUAUAUAAAAAGUCUGCCAGCAUGCUGACAGAAAAUUCCGUAUAACUUGAUCAGUUUUAAAGAUACAGCGAUGAGAUUUUGAUGGCAUGUGCUUGAAAUGAUGGAGAAUGAUUUGAACCGUUUGAUGCAAAAACGACCUCAGCCGCCUGAGGUCGUUUUUGCACCCAGCUCCUCAAUUGUUCUUGAACAAAUAAAAUAUUUUUAUUCUUAUUCUUUAUCAAUAAACCUGUAUCAGCUACCGUCUAUAGAACACAUUGACAAGAUCGGCAACGUUGCUCUCCUAUCUUUCUCCACUGCCAUUAUAACGUGGACCUAACUAUAGAUGUAUUUGAUAGUUACUAGAUUUAUUUUAUUGUUAAAUUUGUUACGAUUAUUCUGCUGUUAUGUUGUAUUUAUUUUGAAAAUUGUCUAUUUUGUAACUUUCAGUGGCUUCAAUUAUCACUCUCUAAUUCAAUAAUGGAAAGUGAGUUGUUGAGAGAAAUGAGAAGUAUUUUGAAGAAAA